AUGUUUUCCUUUCAGGUUUUGAAUUUCACAAUAAAUCAGUAUCAUGAAAGUGAGAUGGAAAACCAAACAAUAGUGUAUAUGUUGGUUCUCAACGGACUGUCUGAUCGUCCAAGUCUUCCUCUGUUCCUGGUGUUUCUCCUGAUCUACCUAAUGACUGUAACUGGGAACCUUCUCAUCCUUCUCCUGAUCUUCACUGAUUCCCAUCUUCACACCCCCAUGUACUUCUUCCUUGGAACCCUGGCGUGUCUGGAUAUGAGUUACUCCUCAGUCACUGUCCCAAGAAUGCUCUUUGAUUUACUUACAGGUUUAAGGAUCAUUUCUGUACCAGCUUGUAUAACUCAGUUCUACUUUUUCCUCUUUUUUGCUGUAUCAGAGGCAUCUGUGCUGGCAGUGAUGUCCUAUGACAGAUACAUUGCUAUCUGCCGCCCUCUUCACAACAUACAAAUGAUGAGAUGGAAAGUUUGUGUUCAGCUUGUAUCCAGCAUGUUGGGUUUUUGUGCAGUACAUGCCUUGGUGCACACUCUUCUUUUAACCAAACUGACUUUUUGCAAGUCAAAUACUUUGCAAAGUUUCUUUUGUGACCUGCCCCAGUUGCUCCAGGUCUCCUGUAGUGACACACUUGUCAAUGUAGUUCUUAUUUUUAUUUUUGCAAUACUGUUCGGCGGUGUCAUUUUAGGGGUCACCUUUUAUCCCUAUAUCACUAUAAUCAGGACUGUACUAAAAAUCCCAUCAAAGCAGAUGAGAUCCAAAGCUUUCUCCACCUGUUUCUCUCACCUAACUGUGGUCUUUAUAUUUUACAGCACAAGUUUUUUUAACUACUUGCGGUCAAAAGUAAGCGAUCAACACACAGAGGACAAAGUGGCUUCGGUAUUUUAUUCUAUAUUUAUCCCCUUUUUGAAUCCUCUGAUCUACAGUCUGAGGAACCAGGAACUUAAAACAUCCCUAAGAAAAGCUUUACAGAGAAAGUAA